CUAGGGUUUCCCCCCACCAGCCUCCCAAGCCUCCGCCUCCCCUGCCUCCUCCGCCGCCGCGCGCGCAGACGACCAGCGACCCGCAGGCAUGGGCGUGUACACCUUCGUGUGCCGCAACUCCGGCGGCGAGUGGACGGCCAAGCAGCACUCCGGCGAGAUCGAGGCCUCCGCCGCCACCCCCUACGAGCUGCAGCGCCGCCUCGUCGCCGCCGCCUCCGCGGUCGACUCCGCGUGCGGCGUCCAGUCCUCCUUCUCCAUGGUCUCCCCCAGCUCCGCCGUCUUCCAGGUGAUUGUUGGUGCUGUUGGUGGGGGUGCGAUGAUCAGUGGAGGUGCUGCUGUUGGUGGUGCUGCUGCCUCUGGUGGUGGUGCGGCUGAGGCCCCCAAGGAGGAGAAAAAGGAAGAGGAGAAGGAAGAGAGCGAUGAUGACAUGGGUUUCUCCCUGUUCGACUAGAUUAUCUAGCUCCCAUAAGUGGUGGUUUGGUCCUAUUGCGGUACUUAAUUUUGCUGUCCUGUUGACACGAGCCAGUGGCUUGUGAACCUGAAAACUCUGUUAAAUUGUUACAAGCAAUCCCUGAGUUCCCAGUUCAUGUGAGGAUUUGGCUAUGUUGUUUAGAAUCAAAUAUCUCUGUUCUCUUGUUCUUGUGAUUUCUCUUGUGUGGGUUAGCGCAGAUUGUCCAGACUGGGCUACAAGCUUGAGUGAGGAGGUAA